UGGGUUUCCGUAAACAGAGCCGAAGCUGUGCGUCGGGAGUCGUGGAGGUGUGCGCGUCCCCGGGGGUUUCCGUCUUCGGCUGCUUCCGGCCUUCUCCGGUCGUCCCUAGCGGGGAGGAGAAGGAGCCGCCCCCUCCCGUUCCUAGUUGCUUCGGAGGUUUCCGGCGGCGGCCGGCGGAAAGAGCCGAAGGCCGGCGGUGGUGGCGGCCAUGUUGGGAGCAGCAGGUCCGGUGGCGGCUGCCUGUGUGCCGGGCGCGGAGCAGUGCGGCUGAGGGCAGGGGAGGAGCGAGGCGGGCGGCCGGCUGCGGCGGCUGAGAGUAGGCGGAGCGGCGCGGCCGGGCCGAAAGGCGGCACAGCCCAGCCGGGGGUCGGGGGGGGUGCGGUCCGGAGCCGCUCGGAGCCGGCGCGGCCUAGCCCGAGCGGCGCAUCCCCGGGCUGGCGUGAGCGGGUGUCCGGCCUCCCCGCACCCCCGGCCGGGGCCCAUGCGGCGGGUGCUCCUGCUGUGAGAAGCCCCGCCCGGCCGGGCUCCGCGCCUUCCCUUUCCUCCCUCCAAGCUUCUCGGUUCCCUCCCCUGAGAUACCGGCGCCAUGUCCAGCGCCCGGACCCCCCUACCCACGCUGAACGAGAGGGACACGGAGCAGCCCACCUUGGGACACCUUGAUUCCAAGCCCAGCAGUAAGUCCAACAUGCUGCGGGGCCGCAACUCAGCCACUUCUGCUGACGAGCAGCCCCAUAUUGGCAACUACCGGCUCCUUAAGACCAUUGGCAAGGGUAACUUUGCCAAGGUGAAGUUGGCCCGGCACAUCCUGACUGGGAAAGAGGUAGCUGUGAAGAUUAUUGACAAAACUCAACUGAACUCCUCCAGCCUUCAGAAACUCUUCCGUGAAGUGAGAAUAAUGAAGGUUUUGAAUCAUCCCAACAUAGUGAAGUUAUUUGAAGUCAUCGAGACUGAGAAGACGCUCUACCUUGUCAUGGAGUAUGCCAGUGGAGGAGAGGUAUUUGAUUACCUUGUAGCUCACGGCCGGAUGAAAGAAAAGGAGGCUCGAGCCAAAUUCCGUCAGAUAGUGUCUGCUGUACAGUACUGUCACCAGAAGUUUAUCGUCCAUAGAGACCUAAAGGCAGAAAACCUACUCUUGGAUGCUGAUAUGAACAUCAAGAUUGCAGACUUUGGCUUUAGUAACGAGUUCACCUUUGGGAACAAGCUGGAUACCUUCUGUGGUAGUCCCCCUUAUGCCGCCCCAGAACUCUUCCAGGGCAAAAAGUAUGAUGGCCCCGAGGUGGAUGUGUGGAGCCUGGGAGUCAUCCUCUAUACACUGGUCAGCGGAUCCUUGCCUUUUGAUGGACAGAACCUCAAGGAGCUACGGGAGCGAGUUCUGAGGGGAAAGUAUCGGAUCCCAUUCUACAUGUCCACGGACUGUGAAAACCUGCUGAAGAAAUUUCUCAUUCUUAAUCCUAGCAAGAGAGGCACUUUAGAGCAAAUCAUGAAAGAUCGGUGGAUGAACGUGGGGCAUGAAGAUGAUGAACUGAAGCCUUAUGUGGAGCCCCUUCCUGACUACAAAGACCCUCGACGGACAGAGUUAAUGGUGUCCAUGGGUUACACGCGGGAAGAAAUCCAGGACUCACUGGUGGGCCAGAGGUACAACGAGGUGAUGGCCACCUAUCUGCUCCUGGGCUACAAGAGCUCUGAGCUGGAAGGUGACACUGUCACCUUGAAGCCCCGGCCUUCAGCUGAUCUGACCAACAGCAGUGCCCCAUCCCCAUCCCACAAGGUACAGCGCAGUGUCUCCGCCAACCCCAAGCAGCGGCGCUUCAGCGACCAGGCUGGCCCUGCCAUUCCCACCUCCAACUCCUACUCUAAGAAGACUCAGAGUAACAAUGCAGAAAAUAAGCGGCCUGAGGAAGACCGGGAGUCAGGGCGGAAAGCCAGCAGCACUGCUAAAGUGCCUGCCAGCCCUCUGCCAGGCCUGGAGAGGAAGAAGACCACCCCCACCCCCUCCACGAACAGUGUCCUCUCCACCAGCACAAACCGAAGCAGGAAUUCUCCGCUUUUGGAGAGAGCCAGCCUCGGCCAGGCCUCCAUCCAGAAUGGAAAAGACAGCACAGCCCCCCAGCGUGUCCCUGUCGCCUCCCCCUCCGCCCACAACAUCAGCAGCAGUGGUGGAGCCCCAGAUCGAACUAAUUUCCCCCGGGGUGUGUCCAGUCGAAGCACCUUCCACGCUGGGCAGCUCCGACAGGUGCGGGACCAACAGAAUUUGCCCUACGGCGUGACCCCAGCCUCUCCCUCUGGCCAUAGCCAGGGCCGGCGGGGGGCCUCCGGGAGCAUCUUCAGCAAGUUCACCUCCAAAUUUGUCCGCAGAAAUCUGUCUUUCAGGUUUGCCAGAAGGAACCUGAAUGAACCUGAAAGCAAAGACCGAGUGGAGACGCUCAGGCCUCACGUGGUCGGUGGCGGCGGAGGCAAUGACAAAGAAAAGGAGGAAUUCCGGGAGGCCAAGCCCCGCUCGCUCCGUUUCACGUGGAGCAUGAAGACCACGAGCUCCAUGGAGCCCAACGAGAUGAUGCGGGAGAUCCGCAAGGUGCUGGACGCCAACAGCUGCCAGAGCGAGCUGCACGAGAAGUACAUGCUGCUGUGCAUGCACGGCGCGCCGGGCCACGAGGACUUCGUGCAGUGGGAGAUGGAGGUGUGCAAACUGCCGCGGCUCUCUCUCAAUGGCGUUCGGUUUAAGCGGAUAUCAGGCACCUCCAUGGCCUUCAAAAACAUUGCCUCCAAAAUAGCCAACGAGCUGAAGCUUUAACAGCUGCCAGGAGGGGGACCGCAGAGACCGCCCGCGCCCUGCCCGCGCCCGCGGCCCGGCUGCCGGGCCCAGCCUGCGCGGCCCCGGCCCCAGCACCGGGCCGAGACUGCAGGAUGGAUGGAGGUGUCUCCCCUGCUGGCACUUGUCCCCUCCCAGGCCCUGCUCCGGUGUUCUUCUUCCAUGUUUGUGAGGGUUGGGAGAGGGCGCUCCCCCCCUCCCCACAUCUACCCCUGCCCCAGAUUCCCCCCUUCCCCUCUCCCCUCAGGAGGCAAAGGAAGGGGAGGGGCAGGGGGCGGGGCUCCCCCAAGGUACUGCGGUUGCACAGAGUAUUUCGCCUAAACCAAGAAAUUUUUUAUUACCAAAAAGAAAAAAGAAAAAAAAAAAUCCCAGCGGCCACCUUUCCUCCCUGCCCCACUGGGACAGUCGAGACUGGAUCUGUGGGGUGUCCGGGAGGGUGGCUCAGGGCUGGAACUCUCAGGCAAGAGUGGUGGAGUUCCCUGGCAGGCCCUCCGCCAGGCCCACUUUGGGCUUCUCCCCUCUCCUCCCUCCUUCCCCUCCAAUCGACCCACCAGAGGUGGCCUUCCCCUCCCUCAGGCCCCUGGGCCGCAGGCCUGGGCGCUGGGGCUGGCGAGGGCGGGGCUCGGCGGGGGCCCCGGCCCCCCCAUACUGUACCCUCUGCCCCACCUUUCCCAGAGCCCGGCGUUUCCUUCCACGAGCUGCUGUGGGGACAUUUGCUCCCCUCCUCAAGUCUGUGCCAUCUUCUCCCGCCCCUCGGUAGAAGGCGGGGCUGACCCCAGGGCGGGGAGAGGGGAGAGGGGAGGGGACGGCGCGCAGAGGCCCCUCCGCCCCCAGGGGCCGCCUGGGCCACCCGUCCCCGAAGUGGGAUGCCGGCUACUCCAUUCUGGGAGAGCCUUUGUCUGAAAGCACAGCCCCUCGCCCAUCCCCCGCCCCUGCUUUCCUCCCCCUCAUUGGCAUUAAUCUGGGCACCAGCUCGGUCUGUAGCAGACUUCCUGCACCACUCUCAUCUCUCGGCCUUGCCUUUUCUUCCUGACACUGUCGCCCCUCCUCUCAGGAGACUGCCCAGGGCCUCCACGGGCCGCCUGGCGGAAGGCUGGAUUGGGCGGCAGGGCCGGGAGCGCCUGUCCUGACAGAUGGGUAACCGACUCCCGCCCGGCCGCCUGGCCAGCGUGGGAGCGGGUGGCAGUGGGCGCUUGGCUGGUGGUGGCCACUGCAUCCCUUAAUUUAUUUCUCUGCUGUUUCAGUUCUUGAGAAAUUGGGGGAGUCCUACCGAGGCUGCCCCUGCCCUCACUUGAGUUGUACAUUUUUUUUUUGUGAUGGGUUUUAUUUUUUAUUAUUUUAUUAUUUUUUUUUUUGAUUAAUGAUGACUCUGCCCCUAUCCACCCCUGCUCCCAGGCCAGGCUCAGCCACAUGUCAAGCCCUUGGGUCCCAGGAAGGGGCCUUGCCAACCUCAGCCCUCCAGCCCUGCGCUCCCACUGGCUCCGGCUCAGACCAAGGGCUCCCCUCCCACCCUGUGGAACAGCCUGGGUGCUCCAAGGGGGCUGGGAAGGCAUGGCUUGGCCCCCAAGGGGGUAGGGGCCAGGGGCACCCAGGCAAGGUGGUCUCUUCCCCACCUAGCCCCUCCUCCCACCCUGCACUUAGUUUUUCCUCUGGAUCAAACACGUAAUAAAGAGAAUGUUUGGAAUCUGA